AUGGUUUUCCACAAGUUGGUGAAGAACAGCGCGUACUACAGCCGCUACCAGACCAAGUACAAGCGCCGCCAGCAGGGCAAGACCGAUUACUACGCCCGAAAGCGCCUCAUCACCCAGGCCAAGAACAAGUACAAUGCUCCCAAGUACCGCCUGGUCGUCCGCUUCACCAACAAGGACAUCAUCUGCCAGAUCGUGACCUCUGAGAUCUCUGGCGACAAGGUCUUCGUCUCUGCCUACUCGCACGAGCUCAAGGCCUACGGUAUCGAGCACGGUCUCACCAACUGGGCUGCCGCUUACGCUACCGGUCUCCUCAUUGCCCGCCGUGCCCUCAAGAAGCUCGGCCUCGACGAGGACUUCACUGGUGUCGAGGAGGCUGACGGUGAGUUCAAGCUCACUGAGGCCGCCGAGACCGAUGAUGGCGAGCGCCGCCCCUUCAAGGUCUUCCUCGAUGUUGGUCUGAAGCGAACCUCCACUGGUGCCCGUGUCUUUGGUGCCAUGAAGGGCGCCUCUGACGGUGGUAUCCUUGUUCCCCACUCCGAGAAGCGAUUCCCCGGUUACGACAUGGAGACCAAGGAGCUCGAUGCCGACACCCUCCGAAACUACAUCUUCGGUGGCCACGUUGCUGAGUACAUGGAGACCCUUGCCGACGACGAUGAGGAGCGUUUCCGCAGUCAGUUCCAGAAGUACGUCGACGACGAUGUCGAGGCUGAGGGUCUUGAGGACCUCUACACUGAGGCUCACGCCGCCAUCCGUGAGGACCCCUUCAAGAAGGCCGAGAGCGACGCUCCCAAGAAGACCAAAGAGGAGUGGAAGGAGAUCUCCAAGAAGUACAAGACCAAGAAGCUCACCAAGGAGGAGAAGGAGCAGCGCGUACAGGAGCGUAUCCAGGAGCUUCUCCAGCAGGAGUAA